CUCUCUCUCUCUCUCUCUCUCUCUCUCUCUCUCUCUCUCUCUCUGCACCUUACUUUCAUAACUCAUAAUCAAAAAAAGCAUAUCCAAGGUCGUGGUGGUUAAGCUGUCAAUCUAUCAAUCAAUCAAGAGACCAAUCAUCAUCAAAUCAAAAAAAAAAAAUUCAGCUGAGGGAAAAAGGGACUAACCAAGAUGUCAUCAUCCUCUUCCACUGCCUUAUCGCUGGACCACCUCCCUCCUUCCGAGCAGCUUUGUUAUGUCCACUGCAACAUUUGUGACACUGUCCUCGCUGUAAGUGUUCCUUGCACCAGCUUGUUCAAGACGGUGACUGUGCGAUGCGGCCACUGCACCAACCUCCUGCCAGUUAACGUUAACAUGCGUGGAUUGCUUCUUCCUCCACCAAACCAAUUUCACUUGAGUCACUCUUUCUACUCUCCAUCUCACAAUCUUCUGGAGGAGAUACCAAACCCAACCCCAAAUUUUUUAAUCAACCAGACCACCUCUUCCAAUGACUUGUCUGUGCCUUCCAGGAUUACAGCUGAUGAGCUACCACGCCCACCCCUCAUCAAUAGACCUCCUGAGAAAAGACAGAGAGUCCCCUCCGCCUACAACCGAUUCAUUAAGGAGGAGAUCCAACGCAUCAAGUCUAUCAAUCCCGAUAUAACCCACAGAGAAGCCUUCAGCGCAGCUGCCAAGAACUGGGCCCACUUCCCUCACAUUCACUUUGGCCUCAUGCCUGAUCAGACCAUGAAGAAGACAAACGUGCGCCAGCAGGAAGGAGAGGACGUCCACAUGAAAGAUGGUUUUUUUGCUUCGGCAAAUGUUGGUGUGUCUCCGUACUAGCUUUGUCUGUCCAUCGGCUCUGAAGCUUGGGGGCGACUAUAUAUGAUUACUUGACUACUUAUAUAUUCGUCUGUCGAUGGAGGUCGUUUCGUUUAUCGUUGAUGAUUAAGGAUACUUAUUAUGAAAUGGUGCAUGUACUUUUCUUCUUCCAA